AUUCUCAUAAAUCAUAAUAAUACGCUGCCCUAACCCGAUUUUAUUGUGUUUCUGACCCGCCUUUUUACCAAGUCUCUCCCUCUCACACACACUCCUCUUCAACCUCUAUCCCCUUCUCGCUGGUGAUUUCGGCGGCGGAGCAGCGAACAUUCCGACGCCGGCGAUUCGAAUUUGCAAUUAGACCACAUGGCGGAAGAUCGGAAAACACCGAAGCUUCCCGUCGAAGGCAAGCGCAACAUCCUCAUCACCAGCGCCUUGCCUUACGUCAACAACGUCCCUCAUCUCGGCAACAUCAUUGGAUGUGUGUUGAGUGCUGAUGUGUUUGCUCGCUACUGUCGCCUUCGGGGUUACAAUGCUAUUUACAUCUGUGGCACUGAUGAGUAUGGAACUGCCACUGAGACUAAAGCCAUGGAAGAGAAUUGCUCCCCCAAAGAGAUUUGUGACAAGUAUCAUGCUAUUCACAGUGAGGUCUACAAUUGGUUCAAUAUAAGUUUCGAUGAAUUUGGGCGGACCUCAUCCCCUCAGCAAACUGAAGUUUGCCAAGCGAUUUUUAAGAAAGUAUUUGACAACAAAUGGCUCUCCGAGAACACCAUGCAGCAGCUUUACUGUGAUACAUGCCAAAGGUUCUUGGCUGAUCGGCUCGUGGAGGGUAACUGUCCAACUCCGGGGUGUGGGUAUGAUUCUGCUCGAGGAGACCAAUGUGAGAAGUGUGGAAAGCUUCUGAAUCCAACAGAAUUGAAGGAUCCUAGGUGCAAGGUUUGUCGAAAUUCUCCCCGUAUUCGUGAUACGGACCACUUGUUUCUUGAACUCCCUCUGUUGAAAGAUAAAUUGGAAAAAUACAUCAAAGAGAUGUCUGUAGCCGGAUCAUGGAGUCAGAAUGCUAUUCAAACAACAAAUUCAUGGCUUAGAGAGGGAUUAAAGCCACGUUGUAUUACCAGGGAUCUGAAAUGGGGGGUUCCUGUUCCACAUGAAAAAUACAGUGACAAGGUUUUCUAUGUUUGGUUUGAUGCACCUAUCGGAUAUGUCUCAAUCACCGCAUGCUACACAAAUGAUUGGGAGAAAUGGUGGAAAAACCCGGAGAAUGUGGAGUUGUAUCAGUUUAUGGGCAAGGACAAUGUACCAUUCCACACUGUGAUGUUUCCAUCUACACUACUUGGAACUGGUGAGAAUUGGACUUUAAUGAAGACCAUCAGUGUUACCGAAUACUUGAAUUAUGAAGCAGGGAAGUUUUCUAAAAGCAAAGGCAUUGGGGUAUUUGGUAAUGAUGCAAAAGAUACUAAUAUCCCAGUUGAAGUAUGGAGAUAUUACUUGCUCACAAAUAGGCCUGAGGUAUCAGAUACAUUAUUCACGUGGACUGACUUGCAAGCGAAAUUAAAUGGGGAGUUGCUGAGCAAUUUGGGCAACUUUGUCAAUCGAGUUUUGAGUUUUAUUGCCAAACCUGCAGGUCAAGGAUAUGAUUCCACUAUUCCUGCUGUUCCUAAUGAUGUAAGUGGUGACUCCCACAAUCCGACAAAAAAAAUGGCUGAUAAAGUUAUUGCAUAUGUGGAGCAAUACAUAGAAGCAAUGGAGAAGGUUAAGCUAAAGCAAGGAUUGAAAAUUGCAAUGAGCAUAUCUGGCGAGGGGAAUGCAUAUCUGCAGGAAACUGAAUUCUGGCGCCUUUACAAGGGAAACCCUUCUCUCUGCUCCCUUGUUAUGAAAACUGCAGCUGGGCUUGUAUAUCUUCUUGCUUGUUUAUUAGAACCUUUUAUACCAUCAUUCACUGUUGAGGUAUUUAAGCAGUUAAAUUUGUCCACGGAUAUGCAUCUUUCACUUUGUGACGAUAAAGGAGAUAUUGAUAGGGUAAGAAGACCCUGGGAUCUCAUAAGUGUUGGUCAUAAAAUUGGAACACCCAAGCCAUUGUUCAGGGAGCUGAAAGAUGAAGAAGUGGAGCUCUACAGAAAUAAGUUUGCAGGAAGUCAAGCUGAUAGAAUUAUCCGUGCAGAAGCUGAAAAUGUUGCUGAGCAACUAAGGAACACAAAUGUUUCAGAUGGCAAUGGAAAGAAAAAAUCAUCAGCAAAAUCAUCAAAUGUAACAAAAAACAAGGCUGCUGCUGAGCAAGAAAUUACCAUCUCAAGACUUGAUAUCCGGGUUGGUCUCAUAAAGAAAGCUGAAAAACAUCCUGAUGCAGAUUCUCUAUAUGUUGAAGAGAUCGAUGUUGGUGAAGAACAGACCAGAACUGUUGUCAGUGGACUGGUCAAGUAUAUACCAAUUGAUGAAAUGCAGAACCGAAAGGUUUGUGUUCUUUGCAACCUAAAGCCAGCAGCCAUGAGGGGCAUUAAAUCUCAUGCUAUGGUUCUUGCUGCUUCCAACGAUGACCACACCAAGGUUGAGUUGGUUGAAUCUCCUAGUUCUGCUGUUGUUGGAGAAAGAGUCACAUUCCCUGGGUUUGAAGGUAAUCCUGAUGAACUCUUGAACCCAAAGAAGAAAGUUUGGGAGACACUGCAGGUGGAUCUGCACAGUAAUGAGGAACUAGUGGCCUGCUACAAAAAUAUUCCACUUACCACAUCGGCUGGUGUUUGCAAGGUUUCAUCCAUACGCAAUGGAUCAAUUAGGUAGACAAACAUCACGAGUUAGAAUUCAAAAAGAGAGAGAAAACAAAAGGGAAAAAAAAUAUCUAUAUUUGUUAGCCCUUAUAAUCUGACUCUCGGAUUUGUUAUUUUUCAAGUCAUAAUUGUAGAAUUUUGAGUGUAAUUUGACUUUGAAUUUUGCUCCCUCAUUCUAACCACUUAUUUUGGAUGCGCUGGAACCAAAUUGUUAUCAUGAUUGAUUAAAUUUUAAUUUUAUUUCCAGACUUAGUUUCUUACCUAA